AUGUAUCGGGAAGUGACCAUUGGGGUGAUCAACGUCCUCAUGGGACUUGAUGUAUUUCAGUUAUUGCCAAAACUGUACACCGGGGAAGAAAAGUUUGGCAGGGCCAUUCUCACCACUUCUUCGGCCCUCUUGGUCGCGGGAGUCUUGUUUGCCCAAAAGAAGCACAGGGCAAAUAUUCUUAUAAUUUGGCUUUUUUCAUCGCUGGUAUACAUUGGCACAUAUAUUUAUGGAAUUGAUAAAUGGUUCUAUAAAAGUUGCGUUAUUUUGUAUAUUUAUGGCAUUUUGCUUGUAUGCAUGGAAGCGGUGAUCUAUAAGGCUUAUUUAAAAGAGUUGGAACAAUCUAUACCUAAAGAUCCCAAUGUUUGUGAAUCGAAAAGUGUGGUGGAAAAACCUCCGAUGCCGACAGCUCCAAUGGAAUCAAAUCCCCCUUCAUACGAGGCAAUGGCUCCCCAAAUUCAUGUUUAUUAAUCUAGUUGUUUAUAAUUUAUUUUAAUUAUCAAAUUCAGAAUGAAUUUCAUUUGCAUCGAAUCAAUUUUUUUGUAUUUCUAUGCAAUGCUUAAAUUAGUUGUUGUAAAAGAAUGGUUGUACUU